AAUGAAAGUGAAAAUCCAGUGGUGUUUUAAAGAAGGGAGAAGCCGGUCGGGUGCCUUUUUCUUUGGGAUCCAAGGGGCUUCUGCAUCUCCUGUGCAGGGCUCUGCCAAAGGAGCUGAAUGAACCGGGAGCUGGAAAGGCUGCUCAGGCAGGGAAAGGAAGAGGCACCAAGGCUUCCUUAGCUCCAGACCACUUUUGAGGGAGACAACUGAGGGAGGAGCCUGGUGAGGCUGCCAUGGGAUCCUGGAGGAUGUAAGAGAGCAUCCAACGCUGCUGGUGAUGAAGACCCACGGCAGGCUGAUGGAUUUAGCCCACUUCAUGCAGUUGUGUUUCCUGCUUCUAACCAUUGCAUCUUCCUGUCCAAGUAUUGCCGUGGCCAGUGAUGACCCUGCAAAGGGGACACAAGACUCUUCCUUUGGCAAAACAAACGUGGCAGUCUAUCACUGUGAGAGCAAUGUAUGCGAAUCGAGCAAUGACAAAGACUGUGCAAAAAUCGGUGAAACACAAAAUGAGAGAUUUUCAAAUGAAGUAAUUCAGUUGGUGACCAGUGACACACACAUCACCAUGUGCUUUCAUCAAGGAAAUAAAAUUCCUGAAGGAAUUUAUGCAGUCUUCUGGGAGAAAGACAUGGGAGCAGGACACUCAUGUGGCAUCCUGAAUUACAAAGCUUUCUUGGAAAAUGGGUGGAGUAACAUCAUUACAGAGCAGGUUAGAAUUUGCUGUGAAACAAGCACAAACCUCUCAGUGCCCAACCAUACCUUGAGGUGCUACACUGAAGUGUUGGAUGAGGAGCCCAGAAAAUCAACAGCCAACAUUGCUGGUGAGGGAAAUCAAGAUAAUCCUCAGUAUUUGGCCAGUGAAAAGAGCAACGUUGGCAUCAUCACUACAAUAACGAUCCUUGUGCUUUGUGCAGCAGCAGCUCUGGCAGUAUCUUGUGUGCUACAGAAAAGAAACGGACCUGUCAUAGUGCUUCGUCAGACUUCAUGUGAAUGGAGUGAAAUAGCUGUCUUGAGAAGAUGAUUCAUCUCACCUUAAAAAGGUUUUAAGAUGAAACAGCUGUUAGAAAACUCAGGAGUGGCUUCUGACAGUUACAGCCUCACACCUCUUUGAAAAACAUCCCCAAAUGAGAACAGCAGGCUUGGUGCUAGCAGCACACUCCUCAGUGGCGUCAUAAAGCAUCCAGCUCAAGAAGCUCAUUUUGUGAGAGACCUCAUGGCAGUUUCCAUUAAUGUUCUGUCACCAAACCCAUAUGUUCAGCAAGUACCCUUCAGCCACAGUUGUCCAGCUCCAGGCUUUCAGGAGCAACACAAGAAGCUCCCUGGAUCCCCCAUCCUGUCCUGGUGCUUUGCUGAGGACAGCAGGCGUUGCAAGAUGUGUGCCUGGCUCAGCAGCACAGGUUUAAACCAGCUGAAUUCUCUCAAUGGUUUUCAUGACUGGAACAAUCAGUCCAUGUGAAAUUCUGCAGAGAGCUGUAUCUGUGCUCGGGCAGGGUGUGCUGAACCUUGAGGCGGAUGCUCACUGCGUGCCUUCAUUUCCUAAUGUGAUAGCACACCCAUAGGUCUUUAUGGUUUUUAACUCCCAGGUGAUCUCUAGAUCAAAACCUGAACCUCUUACAGUCCCUACAUCUGAAGACAGGUUUGGGUAUGCUGUGUGCAGGCACUAUGUGAUGAAUGCUGCACUUCAGGGAUCCCCAUUUUGUAGUUGAAAUGAUUUAUCAUUCACACUUGAUUCAGUUAAAUCUCCAGAAGUUUAUUACACCUAACCUAGCUUCAGGCUUGUCCUGGGUUCAGCCGUAGCAGUCAUUUUUCUCCUUCCUAGUAGCCAGUGCAGUGCUGUGUUUUAGACUUUACCCUGAGAACAGCACUGAUGACACUCCAAUGUUUUAUUGUUGCUCAGUUGUGCUUACCCUGAUCAAGGACUUUUCAGUCUCAUGCUCUGCCAGUCAGAAGGGGCACAGGAAGCUGGGAGGAAGCAGAGCCAAGAGCCAGGACACCUGACCCAAAGUAGCCAAAGGGGUAUUCCAUACCACAGCACGGCAUGGCCAGUAUAGAAACUGGGGGGAGUCACCUGGAAGACCCAGAUCACUGCUCAGGUAGGGCUGGGUAUCAGUCAGCGGAUGGUGAGCAAUUGCUUUCUCCUCCUUGUUAUUUCCCUUAUCAUUAUUAUUGGUGGUGGUAGCACUAGUGGGUUUGUGUUACAUCUUAGUUACUGGACUGUUCUUAACCCGUGGGGUUUACAUUCUUUCCAUUCUCCUCCUCAUGCCACCCAGAACUGAGGGAAG